AUGGUUGACACAACAACCAGAGAAAUCACAGAAAAUGAGACCAAAGAAGCCCCCCAAAAGCACAUAACAUCCCCGAAGAUCAGGAGCUAUGUGCGUUUUGACAGUCUAACGGCGAUUCCGGUGCUUUUUAAGGAUAAUUUCACGAAGCUGCCCAAGUGGGAGUUUGAAGAUAUUUACGUGCGGAGCGAAGAGGAGAGACGGCCGGUCUGUACGAAGUCGCUUCAGCUCUCCAAGGAUGAGGAUUUUCAGAAGGCCACUUUGUGGAACAUCCAGCUCUGGCUACACGAAGACCACCUCGAUAUGAACGAGUGGAAUCGCCUGGCGCAUUUCAACAACCCGUUUGGGUUCAUGGAAUAUCACUCUAACGACAUUAUACCGGUGGCAGAUUUGAUCCCCAAGCCCAUAUUCCCCCAGAUGUUAGCGGUGCCUGAAGAUGCCCUGGAUGGCUGCAUUCGCUGUGCUGUAGUGGGCACCGGCGGCAUUCUGAACGGCUCCAAAAUGGGCAAAGAAAUCGACUCCCAUCAUUAUGUCUUUCGAGUCAACGGGGCAGUCAUCAAAGGCCACGAGGAGGACGUUGGAAACAGAACCGACGUCUAUGUGCACACUUCGUUCUCUUUAUCCCAGGGUAUGAUCACGCUGAAGGAGUACGGCUUCAACCGCAUUCCGCAAGAUGAGGGAAUUAUCUAUGUAAUGAUUCCAGAGGGACUACGAGAUUUCGAGUGGCUUGAUGGCCUGCUUGAGCGUAAAACAGUGACUCGGGGGUCCUACGCAGGUUACACGCCCUUUUCUUACUACGGUGACCACUUAAGUGAGGACAGAUUUUACGUCCUGCAUCCCGAUUUUAUGAGAUAUAUCCGAAACAGGUUCUUGAAAUCUGAAAGUCUGGAGAGUAUAUACUGGCAUUUAUUUAGACCCACCAAUGGGGCAUUUGCACUCUUCCUGGCUCUUCAUACCUGUGAUGAAGUAAAUGCAUAUGGAUUCAUCACUGAAGAUUACGAUAAAUACAACAACUACUACUAUGAAAAAGCAUCAAAGACCGAAGUGGUUUUCUACAUCAACCACGACUACAGCCUGGAGAUCAAGACCUGGAAGAAGCUGCAUGAUUUAGGAAUCAUUAAGCUUUACCAGAGAAAGGAAACCUGA